AUGAAAAUGAUGAAUGGUAAAUAUAAACCAGUCGAUGUAGAUAACAGUUGGAUUGUUCCUUACUCUCCACUUGAUUCAUGUAGUUCAGUCGUUGCAAUAAAAUACAUAUUGAAAUACAUUCACAAAGGGAGUGAUCGAGCAAUGUUUACAAUCGAAAAUAAAAAAGAUGAAAUUGAAGACUAUCAAUCUGGAAGAUACAUAAAUAGUAAUGAAGCAAUAUGGCGAAUUUUAGGUUUCCCGAUUCAUGAUCGAUAUCCAUCUAUAAUAGAUAAAUUCAUCUUAGCGUACACCUUGAAAAUGGACAAUGUGUUUACUUCUCAGAUGAAAAUAUAG